AUGACAGCUGAGAAUUGUAAUUCCUUUAUAAGAUUUGCCCUAGAUCUUAUAAGGGCUGAAGAUUACUAUACAACAACAUCAUCAAAGAAAGAAUUAAAAAAACCUUAAUUGAGACUGUUUGAUAUUGAUGAGAGUCCAAAAAAAUAUACUUUUAUAAAACCAUUUCCAAUUCAAUAAAAAAUAACAAAAGUAAAAUAAAUUGAAAAGCCUAUUCUAAAUACAAUAACAAAAUGUAAAUGCAUGAAAUCUAAAUGUUAAAAAUCUUAUUGUGAAUGUUUUGCAGUUGGAAAAGCAUGCAAUAUUGAAUGUAAUUGUUUAGGAUGUAAUAACUCAAGUUGUUCUUAAUCAAUGAAGAAAAUAUAGGUUGGAGGAUGUAAUUGUAAGAAAACAGGUUGUAUGAAAAAGUAUUGUGAAUGUUAUUUGAAAAAAUAGAGAUGUACAUUUUUAUGUAAUUGUAUUGAUUGUUGCAAUCAAGAAGAUUCAGAAUCAGAAAAAGAAAAUGACUAAAUAUUAUAGCAUAAAACAGAUCUUGUAUAAAUAACUACUAAAUCAAUGAUGUAGCAAUAAUGA